GAGCCAAAUUAUUUAGCACAGCUUUGACUAACAAGAUUUUUGUAACGAGAUCUGUGAAAUAUAAGACAAAAAAUAAAUGGUUAUAUGUAAUAGCAGUCGAGAGCGAAUUGAAAACUUAUUCAAGAAUUUCUCUACCAAAGAACGAUCAUGAAUGUAAAAGAUUUUGUUUGUUUUGUAGUAUGGCAUUGUUGAGUUAUCUCCCACUGAUUUUUGACAUUAGCAUAAUAAUUUACGUCUACUGCCACGUAGAAAAACACUGUUCAUUACUGAGCAUUCCUUUAAGUAACAAGAUUUUUGUAACGAGAUCUGUGAAAUAUAAAGUUUAAUAAAGGUAAAUUUAAACUUCACGACGGAGAUGGUUAAUUGUUAUAGCACUUAAAGUUUAUGGAGAAACAAUCAUUAAUGAAGCUUGAUGAAAUGAAAAAAUGACAACGUUAAAUGACGAUGAAAAACGAUGGUGUGUUUAUGGAAUCGUACUUAAUCAUGUUUUGAUACCAGCUGUUCGACCUUACCUGGAAAAUAAUAUUUUAAAUGAGUAUGAUGGAUUAAAGAAAUCUCAUAAUAUUCAUGUUCAAAAGAUUCACAACUUUCCUUCACCAAAAUAUUCCCACGAUCUGCAUUAUAAAAAUAUCAACAAUAAUGAAACAAAGGAUAAGAAGAAAUUUAACUAUGAAGUUAAGUCACAUGUCGACUUUGGAAAACUUUUCCUUCCAAACUACAUGGUAAAGUUUAACUGUUACAACAGUUGUGACGCAUCAGUAGUGCUUAGGUUACUAGAAAAGGUCCCAAUUUUUUCGUACCUGAUCCAGAAUGCGGCAAAAAUCGUUAGAGAAAAUAGAAAUUCUUGGGGUCACUGCAAUUUUGACGAAUGGAACGAAACAGAUUUUCAAAAGAAAAUCGACAAUAUGAAGCAACUUGUGAAAGAAUUGUGUUUAGCAACUGAAGAUGAAGUUUUGAAUGAUAUAAAUCAUUGGAAAGAUCAAGCUUUGACAUUGCAAACAAUUGAUCGUACUUUAUGUGAAGUGUUAAAAGAUCCCAUUAACAGACUUCGAAAAGAAGUUGAAGAAAUGAAAUUUGAAAACGAAGAGUACAAAAAGUUAGCGCAAGAGAAGCUUGACAAAUUUUCGAACUGCAUUGAAGAAAUAGAUCAGUUGAAAAGACGUGCUGAUAAAGUUGAAUACACAGAAAGCAUCAUUGUCAAAAAAACUGAUCAACUUCAAGACAAAGUUGAGCAACUUUAUCAAAGCUAUAUUAAUGAUUUUGCCAAUUGUGACAGCGAUAUCGAUGUACACUAUCAAAAAUUCGAUCCAGAAACAAGAAAAUGGUUGAUCAACGAUUUCUCUGCUUGGUUCGAUGAACCUGGAGAAUCAAGAGCUUUUGUAUUUAUGGGUGAUGCUGGAGUUGGUAAAACAGUUAUGUCAGCUGCUAUUGCUCAACGCGCUAAGGAUGAUGGGAAGUUAGGAGCAGCAUUCUUUUUUAGACAUAAUGAUGGUACACGUCGUGAUCCAAGAUCUCUCCUGGCCAGUGUUGCUUAUCAGUUAGGUAAACGUUUUCCUGAUUAUUUGAAAUUAUUGGGAGGGGUGUCUGGAAUACAAAAACGACUAAGCGAUACUAAACUAGGCGUUCAAGAACUUUUUACUAAGUUUUUCGAAGAUCCAUUAUGGAAGCUUGAGACUUUUUCAAAAACUCUUAUUGUUAUCGAUGCUUUAGAUGAGGCAGAUUAUGAUUCGAAAAAUGAAUUUUUUGAUAUGGUAACUUUUCGUUUUCCCCAACUUCCACAAUGGCUACUUUUUUUUAUAACAACACGUCCAGUAGAUUACACGCAAUUUACUUUAAAAAAUUACCAUCCAUGUGUAAAGAUUUGUUCAGGAGAUGCGAAUAAUGCUAGGGCUUAUGAAAAACAUGAACAAGAUAUUCAAACUUUUUUGGAAAAUCAAGUCGACUUCACUGGUAAAUCAUUUUCUGCAAAAGAAAUUACAAAAAAAUGUAAAGGAAUGUUUUUGUUUGCACAUUAUCUUGUCAAAACUCUCAAAGAUUCAUCUGAAACGGAUCUUGAAAAAUGCCCACAAGAUAUUGAUGGUUACUUUCUUAAUAAUUUUAAACGUAUUUAUGAGAAAGUUGGAAAAGAUUUCUAUAAAAAAUUGUUAGGUUGUGCAGUGGUUGCUCCUUCACCUCUUCCUAGUUCGUUUAUUCCAUUUCUUUUAAAGAAAGAAAAUUUAAAUCUUGACGAACAAGAAGUAAUUGAUGCUAUUUCACUGUUUUUUUCUUGUGAUGAAGAAAAGUUCACGUUUCUUCACAAUCUUAUACCUGACUGGCUCACUGUUAAAAAACGCGCUUCGCGAAAGUUCGUAAUAGAUAAAACAGCAGCACAAGUUUUCUUUAAGGAAAUUGUCAUCGAACUUUUGACAUCAUUCCUGGAGAAUGGACUACCAUUCAAUGACUCAGAUAAAAAUUCCGUUGUCUGUUACAUCCUCGAAAUUGAAGGAACAUCAAUUUGGAUAUACGACUAUGAUAAAAAUAUAACCAGUGAACGAACCAUGUGUUCAUUUCAAUCAGAUAAUGAUGGUAAAAUCAAUUUUCUCGCUAUUCGCGGUUUAAAUGAUUGGUCAGGCAAGGAGUACAAUCUACCUUAUAAUUUGUAUGUGAGCGACUUCGCACCUUUCACAAGCAGUGAUAAUGACGAUUAUUGCAUUGAUAGUGAAUUUUGGAAAGCUGAAAGUAAUGAAAGUGAUGAUGAAAUGGUUUAA